AUGGUAACCUCUUCAAAGCCUGAAACAAUUACUGAAGCCAUCGACCUGAGCGUAUCACUGACUGAGGAAGCUAUCAGGCUAAACAAGUUUUCAAAUUCCGACCAGAAAAAGAAAGAAACUCAUGUGGAGUCCUCAGGAGAGAACAAAAGGAAGUUCUCCAAUUUUAAAAAGAGUACUGGCAUCGCAAGUAAGAAAAAGAACGUGAACCCACCAGAGGAAGCUAAAACUUGUGUUGGUCGUGGUGGUCAGCGAGGAUAUGGAAAUGGGAAUGGAAACCGCCAACAGGGAGGAAAUGGCGGGAAUGGAAAUCAUGGGAAUGCUAGGAAUCAAGCUGGUAACCGGGGAGCGAACGUCAAUCGAGGCGGAAAUGGUAAUGGGAAUGGUCGAGGACUGUAA